GCAAAACGCGUGCCAAUUUUCCGUUGCUAAAAACGCGCGAGAGAACUUCCCAAGUGCUGUGAACGUGGACGCGAGUCCAUAUAUAGUUUGUUAUCAACAACGUGUGGUCUGUCGAAUCAGUUGUGGUUGGGAUCGCUGGUCGCAUCGAUCGUGGACGGUGUUCCCGUGGUUCCGCGAUCGCUGACAAGAAAGGAAAACACUCCGAGUGCUCCAGAGGGAGUUCCACGGUCGUAGACGUCGUUGUCCUCGUCCGUGACACGACCUAACUUUGGUACAGGCGUUUUGGUAUCGAUCACUGGCGUUGCGCUCACGACAACGCAAGCUCGACUCGAAACGCGUAUCCGUCGAGGUAAAGGGGCGGCGAUAUCCUCCCUUUGGCUUCCGUUGAGUGUCCCACGUCUCUGCGCCACCGCUUCUACCCUCUUAACCCGCUCCUUUAUUUUUCGCCCUCUUUCUCUCGCAUCCUCGGCGGGAAGGAGGACGAGAAGCAGGAAAGAUGAGCGAUCAAGAGGAUCUCGACUACUACAUCAUGUUCCCGUCGUUUCCGCCGUAUCCGAAAGAUCCGACGUUGACCACCGGCGGCCAGGAUCAGCGCGAGGAGUUCGUGUUCGUCUACGAGGAGGACAAACGACCGGUGGUUGUGCUUCUAGGAUGGGCCGGCUGUCAGGACAGAUACCUGGCCAAGUACAGCGCGAUAUACGAGGAAAAGAGCUGCAUCACACUACGAUACACGGCCCCAGUAGAAUGCUUGUUCUGGAGAAGAGACAAACUGCCUUACAUCGGGAAACGAUUGAUCCAGGUGAUUAUUGACAAGAGCCUGGACCAGCAUCCGAUAUUCUUCCACGUCUUCAGCAACGGAGGCGCGUUUCUGUAUCAGCACGUAAGCCUGGCGAUGCAACAGUCUAACACGCCGCUCAAGGUCAAAGGAGUAAUAUUCGACAGCGCACCUGGCGAAAGGAGGUUGACCACCCUCUUCAAGGCGGUCAGCGUUAUCAUCGGUGGACAUCCGCUCAUGAACAUACCAAUGUCCUUCUUUAUAACGAUCUUCCUCUAUGUGCUUUGGUUCUUCGAGGUACAUGCAUUUGGACGUGGUUAUCCAGUUCAGACGAAUCCGAUAACUCUGGCGGAGGAACCUCAUUCCUGGCCACAACUGUUUCUUUACUCGAACGUUGACACUUUAAUACCAGCGUCCGACAUCGAGAAGUUCGCCAGGAGACGAGCAGAACGUGGUGUACGAGUGCAGUUGGUGCUAUUUACGAAUUCGCCGCACGUGAAGCACUAUGCUACUUACCGUGACGUUUAUGUUAACACGGUUUGUAGCUUUAUCCACGAAUGCCUGACAUCACCGAACUCGAUAAGUCCGGAAUCGCCUCAAGAUCGUGGCGAAGACAAUAGCUCGGGAAAAUACGACAGUCUGCCUGGUCUUGCCAAAAGGGUUGUGCUACCACACGAGGCCAGCCAACAGAUGAAUUAAACAGAAACAACAAUGGCGAGUUAGCAACGUGGUCGACGAGAGGAUCGUGUGCCGCGAUCGUGUACAAGAAAGUGGGCAAACUGGAAGGCUAAGAGGAUCGACAUGUUUGGUUCCCUCUUUGUCAAAAGUAAUCCAACUGUAACGUCAACUUCUUUGCUUACAGAUUGCGCACUGAAAAAUAUUAGACACCUAUUUCUUUUUAAGCUGAUAUUUAUGAUCAAAGUUGGAAACUACUGAAUAUUUAAAUUUUUCAGAAACUAACAGUUUGAUUUUAUAAUGGACAUGAUCAACAAACAGAAAUUUCAUCAAGUUAUAAUUGGCUAAUCAGUUUUUUUAUAAACAUUUCUUGUAAAACAUGAGCAACAGCUGUAGUCGAUGAAGUAAUACGUGUCUAAUAUUUUUCAAAGCUCUAUGUGUGCAAAAUUGCAUAAAAAUCGACGUGUUACAGUUUAUAAAUCAGAUAAGUUUCGCAGUCAGCGUUGAGUCUUGCUUAUUCCAACUCCUCCUACUCUAUAUUGCCACGCGAUAUAAUAAAGCGGUGUUUCAAGCGCACUCUAAUGCAAAAUAAAUUUUUAUUGUGAUAAUAGAACACCCGUUUGCUUUAUUCACCUACAAAUCACGCUUAAUCGGUCGUCGAAGGAUUUAUCGUGAAUCAUGAAUAGUUUGUACGUAGUAACGUGACCGUAGUUGUACAUAGUAGUCUAUUCUUAUCGCUAGUACUCGUAAUCUAAACCACGGUAUACCUUGUUUGUCGUAGCAAGACUCAAUACUGAUCCACGCCACGCAGAAUUCAUAUUGAAAUUUUCAUAAAAAUUUGAAAGAAAUGCUGUGUGUCCUCGACUUCUCUUUCCUCCUUUUGUCCUUUUGUUCAAUUUCCGCUUUCUAUUUCCUGCGUAUCUUCCAGUUUCUUCCCUCGUUUUGAGUCCUCGAACGUCGAUGUUGCUCGAACUUCGCAAAUCAACAGAAAUUUGCGUUGGUCUCGCGGAUAAACAGAUAUAAAUGUACAUUUGGUCUAUAGUGCGAUCGUAUGUAUGUACAAGUAUACGGAAGUACAAUUCUGACUUUCCAAUAGACGAACGGAACAGCGUUGCGACGAUUUGGAAUAUCCUCAUUCGGGGUUCCGUAAUCUCGCGUAGUGAGUUUGACGAAGACUCUAGGUGCACAUAACAGCGAAUUAUAAAAAGAGAAAAAUUAGCAAGUUAGAUACCUAGACGCUUGCUGAUACGAUCAUAACGCGCGCGAGAUACAUACGUUGAAAUCUGAAACUACGAUUAACGACAUUGUAAGUAUCGGCGCAACAAGCUCGCACAAAACGAUCAAGCUGGCCUUGAUUUUAGCUUCCGAUUUAAUUGCGGCAUAUUUAAAUAUCGAUGAAUCAGAGGAAUUUUCUUGUAUCCCUCCCUAUCAGAUAAUGUUACGUCUACAUGUAUAUACAUAUACGUAUACAUAUAUGUAUAUAUAAAUAUAUUUUGAUCUGUCGAUUAGUUACAAAU